GAAUGCGCCGCAAAGAUAAACAGACGCACAACGCGCAAACAGCAGCUCUAUUGGCCUAGUUUACGAGGUUAUCUGUGUUACGGAAUACUUCUUCAGCGUAGCAUGUAUAUAAAGGAAAGUAUUGGGCUACGUGCUGCAUUUUUGUGCCUGUGAAGCAGAAAGAACAUUCAGACUCGCAUUACCACAAUGGUGUCAUACAAGCGGCUGAAUCCCGAGGAUGUUCAGUUUUCUCGUGAAGUUUUGCUAGAGGAGCCUCGUCCUAUUCAAGAUAUCUCAGUGCCAGAGUCGGAAGAUGCUUCCUUGCUUCAGCGUAUACCAUCAUGCUCCGUUACCACAGGUCUCCUAGUAAUUGGUUGCCUGCUGAUACUCCUCUGUGGAGGCUGGCUAUUGGGGACCAUCUUCUGGUUACACGGUCCUUCCAGCCUACAGCCACAUAGACCACUGCCACCAGCUUCAGGCUCUAGUAUGCAAACAGAAGUCAAUGACACUUUAACUGCUUCCUACAAUGAAGCUUGUAGUUUAAUCCCAGAAGCCUGGAGGUUUGAUUGUUACCCUGAAAGGGUGGUUGUGACCCGAGAGCUGUGUGAAGCAAGGAACUGCUGCUUUGUCCCUGCAUCCAAUGCUUCCACUUCUGCCUCCAGACCUUCUGAGGAAAAUGGCAUCCCUUGGUGUUUCUAUCCACAGGAUUUUCCUUCUUACUCACUGGUGUCACUGAAUGACACUUCAGUAGGACAGAAAGGUACGCUUGUAAAGGAGGUUAAGACUUACUACCCUGGAGACAUCCUCACUGUAGAGGUGGAGAUUCGGUAUGAGACAGACACACGGCUGCGUGUCAGGAUCACUGACCCUUCAAGCUCACGGUUUGAGGUACCAAUCUCUGUCCCCACUGCCACCAAGAAGGCAGAAAACCCUGAGUACAUCAUCGAGCUAUCAAAGCAGCCGUUUGGUCUCAUUGUGAAGAGGAGAUCAACCGGAGCAUUGAUUCUGAACACCACUGUGGCUCCUCUUUUCUAUGCUGAUCAGUUCCUUCAGUUCUCCACUUCCCUGCCCACUCGGUUCAUUUUCGGCUUGGGCGAGCACCGCUCCACUUUUCUGCAUGAUGUCCAGUGGAACACACUCACCAUGUGGGCCAGAGAUGUGCCCCCUACGGAAAAAACCAACCUAUAUGGAGCCCAUCCUUUUUAUCUGGCAAUGGAGGAUGGAGGGAAUGCACAUGGCUUCUUCCUGCUAAACAGUAAUGCAAUGGAUGUGGUCCUCCAGCCGGCUCCAGCCCUUACCUGGCGUACUAUUGGUGGAAUCCUUGACUUUUAUGUUUUCCUUGGUCCUGAUCCUGGUUCAGUGAUUGAACAGUAUGUGGACGUUAUAGGAUAUCCAGCGAUGCCUAUCUACUGGGCUUUAGGAUACCAUCUCUGUCGCUGGGGCUACGGCACCAGUAAUUCUACUUGGGAAGUUGUCAAGAACCUGAGAAAUUAUGGAAUACCUCAGGAUGUGCAGUGGAAUGACAUUGACUACAUGGACCGAUUCAUGGAUUUUACUUAUGAUCCAACGAAGUUUGACACACUGCCGGACCUCGUCAGGGACCUGCAUGCUCAUAACCAAACCUAUGUCAUGAUCUUGGAUCCAGGUAUCAGCAGCACACAGCCUGAGGGCUCUUACUGGCCCUUCGAUGAGGGACUCAAGAGAGGAGUUUUUAUCAGAGAUGCUGAAGGAAAACCACUUAUUGGGAAGGUGUGGCCUGGUUUGACGGCAUAUCCUGACUUCUCUGAUGAAGUGACGCAUGAAUGGUGGUUUGAAAACCUUCAGAAGUUCUAUAAGAAGGUGCCAUUUGAUGGAUUAUGGAUUGACAUGAAUGAACCCUCAAAUUUUUUGGAUGGAUCAACCAAUGGCUGUCCGUCAAAUAAUCUUGAAAAUCCACCUUAUACUCCAGGUGUGCUGGGAGGUUUAUUAAGAGCCAAAACUGUGUGUGCCUCUGCACAGCAGAAACAGUCCAUACAUUAUAACAUGCAUAGUCUCUAUGGACUCAUGGAAGCUAAAGCCUCUGCAAGUGCUCUUAAGCGGAUUCUAGGAAAAAGACCUUUUGUGAUCUCUCGCUCCACUUUCCCCAGUCAGGGGUUUUACUCUGGUCACUGGCUGGGAGACAACAGGAGCCAGUGGAAAGACCUCUAUACUUCUAUUGCAGGUAUGUUGACCUUUAAUCUUCUGGGUAUCCCUCUGGUGGGAGCAGAUAUCUGUGGCUUCAGCGAGGAGCCACAGGAGGAACUGUGUAUCCGCUGGACACAGCUAGGAGCUUUCUAUCCCUUCUCUCGAAACCACAAUGCCAUUGCCAUGAAUCCGCAAGACCCGACAGCUUUCAGCCCGUUUGCCCGUACAGCCAUGAAACAGGCUCUGCUUCUGCGUUACUCCCUCUUCCCUUUCCUUUACUCUCUCUUUCAUCAUGCACAUGUGCACGGACACACCGUUGCCCGACCAAUAAUGUUUGAGUUCCCAAAAGAUGUAAAAACCUAUGGCAUUGACAAACAGUUCCUUUGGGGAAAGAGAUUAUUAGUGACACCGGUCGUGGAUCCUGGAGUCGACUAUGUGAAUGGUUACUUCCCUGAGGGUUUGUGGUAUGACUACUACACGGGUGACUGUGUGCAUAGCAAAGGUGAAGAGCUUCGACUCCAUGCACCACUAGAUAAGAUUAACCUGCAUGUGCGUGAGGGCUCUAUUAUACCAACACAGACACCCAACCUGACUUUGUGGAUAAGCAGCGGCCAACCUCUCCAUCUAGUCUCUGCUCUUUCUGACGAUGGUUCAGCCAGUGGAGAUCUGUUCUGGGACGAUGGAGAGACCAUCGACACCUACGAGACUGAUCGAUACACCUAUGUCAUCUUUAGCGUGGCUCAGAAUACAAUGAGCUCCCAGGUUCUUCAUAGCGACCUGGAGGGCUCCUUCAUAUCUGUUGACUCUGUCACCUUCUAUGGUGUCAAGGACAAGCCAAGCAAAGUGAUGGUGAACUCCAAAGAUGCACAAUUCACCUACAGAACCAACCAGGUGUUGACAGUAGCAGAUCUGAGUCUCAGCCUCAUUCAGAACUUCACCAUCAGCUGGAUGUGACGACACUGAUGCUUUUAUGACUAUAAUAAUUGCAAACUGACUGCAGUUUGUCAGUGCUAGGAUAGCAAUGCUUUUCAUUGUUGGCUCUGUGUUCCCGAACACUGGCUCUCAAAGCUAGCUGCAAAACUUUAGUGCUGAUUUUCCUCUUUUUGAAAAAGCAGCUUUUCACUUUUCUCUUCAACUGAAUGUCUCUGCAAUAAGCUGAUAGGGUAAACAUCUGGCUGGUAGUUUAAAAGCAUACAAAGUAUCUGUUUUUAAUGUAGGCCAUAUCUGAAUUCAGUCUCGUACACCUUUUCAACCCUGGUACAGUCAGUUUAAACCUAUGCAGCCAUCAAUGCUGCUGUCCAAAAAAAAGGAAAAAAGAUUUCAGCAUUUCUUUCCUUUUGUGCUUUAGAAUACAGAGCUAACGUCCAACCAACGUAAAAGAGAAGGUACUCAGGAGUCAAAUGUGUGUUAAUUUCAGCUUGAUUUAAACUCUUUUUACGCUGCAAAAAAGGGAAAAGCGUCUUUGGGAAAUGUAUUGCAAAAGGCUUGCAGGCACAUCACUGAUCUGCAACUGCUGAAAUGUUGCUUUAAUGUGAGAACACAUAAUCACAGCUAAGCUGGUUAGACUUUAGUUUUAUCUUUAAUUUACUCAGAACUCCAGUUUUUUUAACUGUUUAUCAGCAGAAAGAUGACGUGCAAUAAAUAGGCAGGAUGAUUGUCUACCAUCCUUUUAAUGUGACAAAUCUGAUUAUAGUUUAUGAUGUAAUAUAUUUUAAGGUUUAAGUUGUUUACAGACUGGUUUGCACUGUUGUUGCUGCAGUAUGGUGAAGGUAGACAGAGGUGCCUUAUGAUUACUGUUAGUUUUUACAGCAUGUUUUUCUCUUAUGUGUUCAGCUUUAUAUCAAAACUCUAAUCCCACCACUGAAGAACGUAGUGCUGGCCUCAAUGAGGGUUACUUUAACAGCAAGUGUGUGUGUGUGUACUCUCCUCUGCAGUAAUGUUAGUGAUAAUUGGAUAAAGAUUUCAGAAAAGUGUGUGUGUCAAAGUGAAUACACACAACUCAAAAACAGUUUCAUUCUUUCACUUUUAAUUUGAACAUCUAAAGAAACAUCAUCUUGUUUAAUUGAUGGAACAUCAACUGUUUACUGUAUUUUAUGAUAAAUUGUUUUUAUUUUGUUUUAAGCGCAGACAUGAAGGAAAGAAAAAUCUUCUGAGGGAGGCAGAAGGUCAAAAAGUUUCAAACCAGACAGAUGUAUGUUUUUUUUUUCUUGUAACUUGGAGUCUUUAUGAUCAAAUUUUCUCUCAAUAAAUUAGAUUUUCAAUCAU